AUGGCUGAAGCAAGUCUCAAUCGUCCCCCUCCCUUUCCCCCUGACCCUCCAGAUCUAAACCACCUUGUCUCUCUUUCUGAUUUCCCUCCCCUUUCACCCAUCUCUCCCUCCCUCUCCCCCUCCCUCUCCCCCUCCCAACACUCUCCUCAAACUGCUUACAUUGAGCCUGAGAGAGUGAUUGUAGCCCUUCCUGUGCAAUAUAAGUCAACUCUUGUGGUAGUAAACCCCCAGGCUCAAGCUAUUCUUAACACUUACCAUCAAACCCUGAAACUAAACCCUAGAUCUGCUGCUACAGUGGCCACAUCGAAAGUUGUAUCUCAAACUGACGGCCUUUUCACUGCAACACCACCAAAAGUUGCUCGUCGAGUGAUUAGUCCACACUCAGAAUUAAGAACUCAACAAGUAAAUUCGAAAACUGGCCACACGCCUGGAGCCCUUACAGUGCUGGUCUUGGGAGAUGCUCCCCCAACCCUAGAAACAGUAACUUCUUAUUCACAGACUGCUUCCCCUGUCGUCCCAAAUGCUCUUCCCCCUCUUCUUCCAAUACCAUUGGUCACUGCUCCGAGCACAUAA